AAAUAUUUUAAAUACAUUAUAAACAAUGCUUAUUUACAGGAUAUCAAACCUGAGAAACCAAUCGCAGUAUGUACCGUUAAUAUUAUACGCGAACACAAAAACAUGUCCAGCCAAUAUUAAACCAAAAAAGUCUGUAUGUCCUGCGCAAGUCGCCAAAACUCCUGGUGCAUCAAGUACUUCUUCACAAGGCACCAUAAUCUUGAAACGUGGAGAGCCAGGUAAAGUCCGCCUUGGAUUCCUUCCUGAAGAAUGGUUCACUUUCUUUCACGGUAAAACCGGCGUCACUGGACCUUAUCUAUUUUGGAUACUAUUAGCCAACUACUUAUUUAGCAAAGAAAUAUUCGUUAUGGAACACGAGUAUUAUGUAGGUCUAUCCACAUUAGUUAUACUUUACGUCGGAACAAAAAAACUAGGCCCAAGCGCUGCAAAAUACUUCGAUGCUCAGAUAGACGAAGUUGCCAAUGGACUUGAGCAAAGUAGGAAAGAUAUGAUGGCUGUGUAUGAAACAACAAUCAAAGAUGCAAAGGACAUGCAAACGAGAGCGAAUGGCCAGAAAAUGUUAAUGGAUGCGAAGAAGGAAAACGUAUCGAUGCAAUUGGAAGCAGCUUACCGUGAGAGAUUGAUGAUAGUCUAUAACGCAGUUAAAGAUCGUAUGGAAUACCACGAGAUCCGGAGUAGAGUUGAGAAUAGAAUUCACCAGAAAUGGAUGAUCGAUUGGAUUUUAUCAAAUGUCAGAAAAUCUAUAACCCCCGAUUUUGAAAAACAGGCCCUGAACAGAGCUAUCGAAGAUUUAGCAGCUCUAGCUGGAAAGGCUUAAUCGAGCUAAAUACUUGAAAAUCAUUCUAUGAAUAGUUUCGUAAAAUCUCAUUAUAAGUAUGUUCCUACUAUCAGGCGUUUAUUACAUAAAAUAUUAUCAAAUUCCCAUU